GUUCGCGUGCACCGGUGAACGAGCGCGGUCAAACUUGUUGGCGCGUAUCUGUAGUUAUUUUCAUUCAAGGCACUUCACUAGUGAUAAGCCAGCAAUCAACCCUUGAACGCUGAACGCGCAGCACGUUUCGAAAUCGAUUUUAAACUCGGCGUAGUCGCAAUCGGAUUGUUCUAUCGGAUAUUUUAAAUUACAAUUGUAAAUUAAGGAUUGACGAAUGACUGAGGUGCCGUUACCAUUUCUCUGGGAUCGAGAAAGAGGCGUAAUGGAGACCUGUUACAAACUAUACACAUGGAUCAACCACACGUUACUCAUGUUGUUGGUGCAGAUGUUCUGGAAAGUUAGUCAAAUAUCGGACUAUUUUAAACAAAAGUCUGUUGAAGACAAUGAUACAAAAACUUCAUUCAUGUUCCCACCACUAUCAAAGGAGUCAAAAUUCAGAAGACACAUCAGAUCGAUGUCAGAUGUCCAAAGCAGUACACCGUACCGCCUCACCUUCAGAUCAAAAAAAGGUGUUCAUCCCACUCUUACAUAUGACUCAGACACGCGUACGAAAAAGAUAGCAUCCUACAAUCGACGUAGGCUUCAAGAUUCCUCGGACUCGAGCGACUUUGAAGCCCCAAAGCAAUUAAGCAUAGAACACAACAUCAUAAAACACUCAGACUCAAUGAGGAUUCUCUGAUUUUACUAAGAUCUGAAUGAAUGAAGGAGGCUGAAUAAUCUAGUUCAAUGCUAGUUUUUGUCUUUGACCGUGUUACAAAAUGUAAUACGUACUAAUGGACUGUGCAAUUCUAGUAAACACGAUCCCGAUGAUCGGUAGACUUAGUGAUUUAUAUGAGACUGUGAUUCAGGUAGAAUGUUAAUUGCUAAAUGUUAAUAUUUAUAAACUAAAGCCUAAAAUGAAAAAGUGAUUUAGAUUUUAAGAUAUUUUAAGCUGUGCAUCUAGUAAAUGUAGGUUAAUUGACCAUUAUAGACCUACGAAAUAAUAUUUUUAUAAUAUCGUAAGUGUUAAUUUAAUUAUUAUUUACUAUUAAGCAUUUUUGUGCCACCUUUUUAUGAUUUUAAUGAUA